AUGAACGGGCUCCGCUGCGGAGUUUGCGCCGUCAAGCCGGCAGGUAACGUCGCUUUGUUUCGUUCGCUUUGGCUGUCUGCGAACUGCUGCUCGGAAUCCUGCCGCGGCUGGGAGGAGGCUCGGUCUCGGGACACCAAACAAGCCUCAGACCUCAGGACAAUGUACUGCAACGUCACAGAUCUAGAACUGUCUCACCACGUUCGUCUCAUUGAAUUUGUUCUGUACAGCCUCAUUUUCUUGUUUGGAGUGCUGUUUAAUGUUCUUGCCCUCUGGGUUUUCUGCAAGAUGAAGAAGUGGACAGAAACCAGGGUGUAUGCAACCAAUCUGGUCUUUGCAGACUGCUUCGUCAUCUGCACCCUGCCUUUCGUGGCUUAUUUCCUCUGGAACAAGUCAACUCGAAGCGAGCUCUGCCGCUUUGUGGAGGCAAUGUAUCUUAUCAACAUGGUGGUGAGCUCCUACACCACUGCAUUCAUCUCCAUCGAUCGAUACAUUGCCAUAAAGUAUCCCCUGAAAGCCAGGACCUUCAGGUCUCCAUCAAAGGCUGCCCUUCUCUGUGGGCUGCUUUGGGUGUCGGUGAUAACUGGAGUCAGCUUAGAGUGCCAGAGGAGGCGUGCUGCCCUCUGCUUUGAGAACGACACCACUACCCCAGGCCUUUCUCUUUCCCUUAUGUUUAUUCUGCCAUUCGUGAUCUUGACAUUUUGCUCUGCAGUAGUAAUCAGGAACCUUAACAGACAUCUGAACACAAAUCCAUCAGACAAGAAAUUAAUCCAGAGAGCUAUUCACAUUAUUUAUGCAAACCUGAUUGCAUUUCUGGUCUGUUUUCUGCCAGCCUACAUGGGAAUACUUGCUGGGUUCAUAAUAGAGAGUGUUGGAGCUACCUGUUCCCUGCUCCAGGUUAUGAAGAAUGUCUCCUCAGUCACAAGGUGUAUUGCCACAUCCAACUGCUGCCUGGAUAGCAUCUGCUACUACUUGAUGACAAAGGAGUUCCACGAAGCCCUUGUACUGCCCAAAUCCAGCACUGAAAGAAACAGAUCAAAUAUGACCUUUGCAGACACACGAUUGUUAAAUGUAGGUGGAGAAGCAGGGAGCCCCAGAAAACUCACAACCCUCUAACAUCAAGAGAAGGUACAAGUUCAGCAUUAUUGGGAUAACUAUUGCUCUUUCUCUCUAAAG